AUGACCUCGCGCAGGUGGUUUCACCCCAAUAUCAGUGGGGUGGAGGCAGAGAAGCUGCUCCUUUCCAGAGGCCAGCACGGGAGCUUCCUGGCCAGACCCAGCAAGAGCAGCCCGGGGGGCUUCACGCUGUCUGUCAGGCGCCAUGAGGAGGUGACCCACAUCAAGAUCCAGAACACGGGCGACUACUACGACCUCUAUGGAGGGGAGAAGUUUGCAACACUGGCAGAGCUGGUGCAGCACUACACGGGCCAGCAUGGGGGCCCACUUCGCGAGCGCAGCGGGGCCCCCGUGGAGCUACGGCACCCGCUGGGCUGCCAGGACCCCACAUCAGAGCGCUGGUACCAUGGGCACCUGUCUGGCAAGGAGGCCGAGAAGCUGCUGAUGGAGAAGGGACGUCCGGGCAGCUUCCUGGUGCGAGAGAGUCAGAGCAAACCCGGAGACUUUGUGCUGUCGGUGCUGACUCAGGAGCUGGACAAAUUGCAGGGCGUGGACCGCCGGGCCCGGGUCACCCACAUCAUGAUCCGCUUCCAGUCAGACGGGAAGUACGACGUGGGCGGUGGAGAGCGGUUCGACACCCUUCGAGAGCUGGUUGAGCACUACAGGAAGAACCCCAUGGUGGAGAAGUCAGGGGCCGUGGUGCACCUCAAGCAGCCCCUCAAAGCCACGAGGAUCGCUGCUGAGAGCAUCGAGAGCCGUGUGCGGGAGCUCAGCGCAGCCGCAGACGCCAGCGAGAAGGCCAAGCAGGGCUUCUGGGAGGAGUUCGAGAUGCUGCAGCAGCAGGAGUGCCGGCUCCUGUACCCCCGGAAGGAGGGACAGCGGCCAGAGAACAAGCCCAAGAAUCGCUACAAGAACAUCCUUCCCUUUGAUACCACCCGUGUCAUCCUGCGUGACGUGGACGACAGCGUGCCUGGAGCCGACUAUAUUAACGCCAACUACAUCAGGAGUGACCCAGAGGAGAAGCCAGGCCAUGAACGGGGCAAGGUGUACAUUGCCACACAGGGCUGUCUGCAGACCACGGUGGCUGCCUUCUGGGCCAUGGUGUACCAGGAGAACACGCAUGUCAUUGUCAUGACCACCAGGGAGGUGGAGCGAGGCCGGAACAAGUGUUUCCGGUAUUGGCCAGAGCUGCAUGGCAGCCAAGAGUAUGGCCACGUGCACGUGAGCAAUGUGGCUGAGCGCCAGGCCCAGGGUUACUGCGUGCGGGAGCUGCAGGUGUGGCAGCCAGACCAGGAGGAGCCGCCGCGCACGGUCAAGCACUACCAGUACUUCAGCUGGCCGGACCACGGGGUCCCGGCCGAGCCCGCCGGUGUCCUCGGCUUCCUGGAUGAGGUGAACCGGGCCCAGAGCAGCGUGCCGGAGGCGGGGCCCAUGGUGGUGCACUGCAGGACCCCGGAGGCGGCGGGCGGCGUGUACCAGAAGCUGCCGCGCUCGAGGCCGCGCAGACUCGCGCGGGGGGUGGGGGUGCGGCCGCGGAGACUGCGCGUUAGCCUGCGUGCGGCAUCAGUGACCAGGGACACGAGUGUCGUCUGCACCCGACGUGACUGUAGCCAGCAGUGUUCGUGCCCGGCUCCCCUGCGUCCACUCUUCAGCCCUGCCCAAAACAGGGUGCUCUGGCCUGCCAGGCGGUGA